AUGAUAGGCGAAGAAAAGGCUACCUUAGAUUCGGCAGUUGCACGAAUAUCAAGUUUAUUGAUACGCCUUGGAGAAACAGAACGAGUGAAUGAGGACUUUUAUAAUGAUUUAACAAAAUUUUACGAUGAAUUAUAUGGUUUGAACAAGAUUUUGGCGGCGUACCUGAACUUGGACCCCCAAAAUUUUCUGAAUGAGAUGGCUAUCGUUGCAUCUUUGAAAGAUAUAUUUUCUGAGGUUGCAGAACAAUUUGAAAGCAUAGAGCCUAUUUUGUGUGAUAUUGUAGAUUUGAUAGAUAAAGAUGAUGCGAUAAUAACUCUUAAUUCGUCAGAAAUAGACCCUACAACUAUUGCUCAGUUACUCAAAGAAUGUAAUGAAGUGACAAAAAAUAACAAAUCUGUUAUGAAGUCAUUAAAAGAUAUAAUUGGAACAUAUUUAGACUUUAAUGAGAUCUUAGAUAAUCAUAUAGGAACCAUUGAUGACAUAGUAAACGAGAGUUUAAACCAAUUAUUUGAAAUAUAUGAAGAGCGCAACGGUUCUCCAAUACGGCACUAUCCAUUAUUCACUCUAGAUAAAAUUGUUCGUUUACUAUCAAGAGACGCCUCUGAUGAUCGUAUGCUAUCCAAAAAUGGGAGAAGAAUGCAUAGUAGUCAACCAAACAUCGAAGAAGAGCCUACAUUCCCUACAUUUACUGGGGCAGAUGUGAAUGUUUCUCAAAAAUUCCUUCAUUUACAAAAGACUUUAGUCCCCAUAGAGAAAAGUUUAAUAGAAAUAUUACCUCAAAGGAUAGAAAUAUUUGAUUCAAGAACAUUUAAGUAUACUGAUGAUUUAACCAUAAUAUUGAAUAACAAAUACAAAGUAGUAAUGGUGAAUUAUAAGUAUUUAACCAGAGAGGUUCGUGCUCUGAAAAUAGAACUGAUUGAUAAUAGAUGGAAUUUCGUCUUCGAGAACUUAAAUAGGGAAUUAAAAUUAAGAAUAAGCUCCGUUGAAACGAACUAUAAUGAUUUAAAAUCUCAAACAUUUUCGGACAAGAUCAGUUCAAAACAAAAACAAAAAUUAGAAAGAGAUACACAAAUAAUAUCGAAAACUUUUAACACGAUUUAUAAAGCUCUUGAAUUUUCAUUGUUGAAAACUGACAUCGCCUCCGAAAUAAAUGAUCUGGCUGAAGUAUGGAUUAAUCUAAGAGGGGUAACUGAUGAGUAUCUAGAAACUGUACCGUCAUUGUCUGAUAAUGAGACGCUCAAUGUGAUACGAGAGAGGGCAAAAGCAAACCGAGAAAAAAUUAGUAGACAUGAUUUGGACUUCUUCAAACCUCCUCGUAUUUCGAGUUAUAACUCUAGGGAUGAUACUACCACGGAUGAGGAACCAGAUGCUGCUAAUCUGACCAUUGAAUCAAUAGCUAAUAACUUGAGGCAAUUCUCUUUAGCUUCGAACUUGAAAAGACACGAUACGAAUGAUAAGACACUCGUAACUGGUCAACUAUCUAUGAAGAAAAUGACAAAACCAUUGAUCAUUCCAAGUAUAACCAGUACUACUAGCGGCACUACUGUGUCUUCAGAGAUAACAGAUGAGUUGCUUGCUAUGAGAGAAGAUAUUACAUAUCCAUCCUUUGAGAAUAGAGUAUUGAAUCUCGGAACAAAACAUGGCAACGACAAAUUUCCACCGCUGUCAGGCUAUAAAGACGUUACUUCCGAUAAAUUAGAACCUCCACAGAAAUUUAGUGAACCUCCACUAAUGUAUCAACUUGAAGAUAAUAACAGCGAUUACGAGAGCGACCUUGAGAGCAGCAGAAUUGACGUACCUAUUGGUAGUUUGAAAGAGAAAAGGGGAAAAGGGUUUCUCGGACUUUCCAAUAGCGAAAGUGUCAAAAGUAAGUCUUCUGAAGAUACUUUUCUAGAGCCUCUUGUAAACAAAUCUAAGUAUACUACUUCUCAAAUGGAAAGUAUAGAGAUAAAUAAGUUGAGAUAUUAUGCUUCUCAGAGAAGUUUGAUUCCUCGGGUUAGGAUAUCCAAUGAUCAUCGUAACAAUUCAAAUAUUUCUUUACCCCCAGCUGCAAGCGUAUUUCACACACCUCCAAGAUUCGAUUACUCGAGGUCUCCAGAUUGGAAUAAUCAUACACUACAAACGUCAGCAAGGAGAAAAUUGAGACAACCGACGUUGAUGUCCCAGUUACUAACACCACUAUCCAGACGAUAA